CUCCACACUGUUGACGCAAUGGAGCAUGUGUGCAGUGUCGCUCAGUGCUCACUUUGAUGUCAUUCAUAAAGGCUGCUGCAAAGUGGAUGCUCCGUGGAGACGUUGGAGUGUAAUUAUCUCGAGAGGUUCUCACGAUGGAGAACGGGGAUGACAACGGUGUCCGGUUCCGUCACCGAAACAUUGCCCAAAUGCCCACCUCGGACCAGGAUAGCCCAGGGAAUGGCGAGUGUGGCCCAGGAGGGGAACACAAUCAGUCCAUUGGAGACAGUCAUGUUAACAGCAUUGGGAAAUUUGAGGUGGAGCACAUGAUCAGCAAGAAGCUACAACUGCAAAAAAAAGCAGAGUGCCUGAAGAAGGACUUGAUGCGUGAGUUUGACAACCGUGUCAACGACUUCAUGGACAGCCUUAUCGAGGAGUCGGCUGGACUGGAGCCUGCACCCCUGCCUGCUGGCUUCUCACCCCCGGACAAGGACAAGAGUAGACUCGGGGAUUUCCGACCUCCCCAUGGCCAGGGCAAACAGUUUGUCAGCCGCAGGUCCCUCCUUGACGAGCUCUUUGAGGUGAACCACAUCCGGACCAUCUACCACAUGUUUAUUGCCUUGCUCAUUCUCUUCAUCCUCAGUACACUGGUGGUUGAUUUCCUAGAUGAAGGCAGACUGGUGCUAGAUUUUGACCUGAUGGUCUACGCAUUUGGACAGUUCCCACUGGUGGUGUAUACGUGGAUCUUUAUGUUCCUUUCAGUUUUAGCCGUGCCCUAUCCCCUGUUCAAGCUUUGGACACAGACCCAGUCCGGCUCUUCCGGUCACCAUCGGCUUUACAGCUUUCUGUUUGGCUCCGUGUUCCUUCUCUACCAGUUUUUUGGCCUUGGUUUUUUACCCACUUAUGUGGUUGUGGUCAACAGUUUGCCCCCGGCCUCGUGCUUCAUCGUCAUCCUGGAGCAGGUGAGACUCAUGAUGAAAGCUCACUCCUUUAUACGAGAGAAUGUACCAAGAGUUCUGGCCUGGGCAGCAGACAAGUCAAGCCCAGGCCCAGUGGUCCCCCGUGUUUCUCAGUACGUCUACUUUUUGUUUGCACCUACCCUUAUCUACAGAGAUAAAUAUCCAAGGAGCCCAACAAUUAGAUGGGGCUAUGUGGCAACAAAGUUAUUGCAGGUACUUGGCUGUCUGUUUUAUACCUACUAUGUAUUUGUGCGGCUCUGCAUCCCUCAGUUCCGCUAUAUCAGUCUUCAGUUUUUUGACCUGAGGGCCAUGGUCCUAGGAGUCUUUACCUCCAUCCUGCCUGGAGUGUUGGUUCUUUUCCUGGGUUUUUUUGCCUUCCUCCACUGUUGGCUGAAUGCAUUUGCUGAGAUGCUUCGUUUUGGUGAUAGGAUGUUCUAUAAGGAUUGGUGGAACUCAACGUCUUUUGCCAACUAUUACCGUACUUGGAAUGUAGUCGUUCAUGACUGGCUGUUUUACUAUGUGUAUCGGGACUUCCUUUGGAUCUCCCAGAAGCGCUUCCGAACAGCGGGCAUGCUGUUUGUGUUUACAGUAUCUGCUGUCGUCCACGAGUACAUCCUUGCGAUCUGCUUCGGCUUCUUCUAUCCAGUCCUCUUCUGUCUGUUUAUGUGCUUUGGAAUGAUGUUUAACUUCAUCCUCCAUGACCAAAGGAAAGGUCCCAUCUGGAAUAUAAUCAUGUGGACUUCCCUCUUCUUGGGCCACGGUGUCAUCAUCUGUUUGUACUCUCAGGAGUGGUAUGCUCAGCGCUACUGCCCCCUGAACGAGCCCUCCUUCCUAGACUUACUGCAGCCUCGGUCGUGGACUUGUAAGAGAAGUGUGAUGAGCAAUUAACAGGCUGUGACCCGGACUGCGGCUCUGACGCACAAUCACAUUGGCCAGCCUUUCUGUUAAUAUCCCGACACGUGCCAUCUGCUGCUUUUCUUCGUUUAUUGCACUACAAUCAAUUUGUCAUAAGAAUGUAUGGAAGAGAUUUAAUAAGCCAAAGCGUCUUUAUUCCCAACUCAAACUGCUGAUGCCUUUUAUUAUAUUUUCUGUGUGCCUACAUAAUAUUUUACACAUGAAUUUCCAAAUCCCCUUGACUUGAUCCACUCCUUGUGCCAAUAAGAGAGGACCAUUCAUUGGUGUGGCAGCUGUCAUUAUGCAUAAAUAAUCCACACAUGCAGUUAUGGUUAAUAUUUAACAAAGCCAGCGAUUGUAUCCUGAUCAUAAAAGCCAUUUCGUUUGGCAAGCCACAUUCCGAGACACUCGCAUAGUAUAAUAUAAAAAGAAAAUAUCAAUUUAAUGUAAUUUGUAUCAACUAUGUUUUCUAUGUAAUUUGUACUGGUUUGGCCAGACAUUCUGUAUCAUUAAGAUUUUUUGGGGACCAAAAUGAGACUUUAUCCUUAAUGUGAUCAUUGUCUAAUAAUAUGCAUUUGUAUCUGCAUUCUGUCAGGAUGUUUAAGCACUUGAAUAAUAUGACUCGUUUCUCAGUAUUAAGGGCUAGAAUUUACCAUCAGCGUUGACAUUUCUGUUGAUAAAAUUAUUCCUUGCACGCUUGAUGUCGCUGAUUGUAUUUUUUUGUAUUGUAAUAUUUCAACACAGGAUGCGAGGCUUGCAGAGCAUUAUUUGUCCACAAGAUGGCACUGUAUUAAAGAUUUACCUUUGUAUCAGCUGGGGCGUUUGUUCAUGGAAACUAUUGAAUGUACCGU